AUGAAAGGUGGGAUACGUGCCAGUUUUGUGGUGCAGAAAGAUGGAAGCCGAGAGACAAACGACGUAGAACGAAAGUACCAUAUAGUCUUUGAUGCUGCUUAUUACAGUGAAACUGCAUCAGUGGCUCGUUUGUCUGAACGGAACGGACUUGGUCCACAAAAGCACAACACUGGCCAGAAGUCUUUCCAACAAAUCGAAUAUGAAAUGGUUGAAGAAUUGGGCAGACCAGUUUCUCUUGGGGAAGUUUACAUCAAGACACAUACAAAAAAGGAUGGGACCUAUGUUGAUUUGAAAGCUGAGCAGGUUGCAGAGAUAUAUAAGAAGAACAAAGAAGCCAAGUUGACUGCCCUUGAGGCUGAAAACUCACAGAGUUCAGAUGGUGCUUCCAAUGAUCGACAGCUCUCCAUAGAGGAGGAUACCGAGAUAUUCCUUUUGUCUACUUUCACAGAUGAAAGAGGACAUUACUAUGGCAUUGGAAGCCUCCAGCAAACUCUCGUCAAUGGUAAACGGAAGUACAGUGAGGUCUCUUCUUCUGCAUUCCUUGACAUGAAUAAGCAGCUUGAAGAAGCUCACCGCAAAAUAGAAGAGCAGGCUGCUUCUAAUGCAGCACAGGCUACUACUAUUGCUGAGCAGGGCUCUACUAUUGCAGAGCAGGGUGCUACUAUUGCAGAGCAAGCAAAGCAGAUCAAUGAAUUUGCUGUAGUGAAGAAGUUUCUGUCUGCAACUGAUCAUAGAUUUGAUCAGUUCGUAUCUACUAAUUCCACCACCUGAUCAUGCUUUCUUGUUUAUGUCUCUUGGACAUGAAACUUGACUUUU